UGAGAGGGGUGCAUGCAGUUGGUCUGACUGAUCCCUAUGAAAAAGUAGCAUUUGCAACCCUGCGUCCAAACAAAUGCAGAUUUUUGCACAAAAGGUACAUAUUAUAUUCUGCAGCUUCUUAAUGUACAGCAUCCCAUGAAUGCUCAACAGUGUUAAUUUUGGCUGCAAAUUUCAAGUCUGCUUUAGUCUUAUUUUAGUUAUCUGAAUUGUUUUAGUCGACUAAACCCCCAGUAGAUUUUAGUCCCCAGCCCCGAUGUGUCUCUUUGUGUCCCCCAAGCCCCUCUGGGUGUCCAGCUCCUGAGUGCCUUAUUGCUCUAUCACUGACCAUGUAACUCCUUAUUACAGUAACCCAGCUCCUGAGUGCCUUAUUGCUCUGUCACUGACCCUGUAACUCCUUAUUACAGUAACCCAGCUCCUGAGUGCCUUAUUGUUCUGUCACUGACCCUGUAACACCUUAUUACAGUAACCCAGCUCCUGAGUGCCUUAUUGCUCUAUCACUUACCCUGUAACUCCUUAUUACAGUAACCCAGCUCCUGAGUGCCUUAUUGCUCUAUCACUGACCCUGUAACUCCUUAUUACAGUAACCCAGCUCCUGAGUGCCUUAUUGCUCUAUCACUGACCCUGUAACUCCUUAUUACAGUAACCCAGCUCCUGAGUGCCUCAGUGUUUGGAGUGUCCCUUUAACAUAAUGGAAUCUAUAAUCCUUUUAUUGCAUAUUUCGAUGAAUCAUUACAAGGCCUCACUUGUGUUGUUUGAUUUAUAUUGUAGUCCGGUGAAAUGCUGGAGCUCGGGAUUUCCUGGCAGAGGAGGAAAUGACAAUAACACAUUCCUAACACUGGAGGAUGUAGCCUUUGGAAUCAAGGAAGGCACUUACCGGCGUAUCCUGGUUAUGGUGGGAGCUGGUAUCAGUACGGACAGUGGCAUCCCAGACUUCAGGUGACAUUGUGUAUACUCUCGUGCUGGAAAAUGGGCCAUCUCCAUCUUGUGUGCAGCCAUAGUACAGCGUUAUACACUCUUCUAUUGUUUGUAUAUCCCCACUACGUUAUAGAAUAGUGACAUGCUCAUUUCUACUAGCUCUAGAAGUUUAUAUGGAGUCCAACUCAUUUCAAAGGUUGGUUCAGCAAGUAGUUGACGGACACAAGAGAUGGAGAGAGUCCUGCUCAAAUAAUCUAGCUCUUUAUUUUUUUAAAUAAAUUUUUCAUCCUUUUAUUUUGUCUCCUUUUUUUCUUGCAGGUCUCCCACUAGCGGUUUGUACAGUAAGCUACAGCAAUACUCCCUUCCGUACCCUGAAGCUAUUUUUGACUUGGGAUACUUCUUAAGGGAGCCACAUGCUUUCUUAGAUCUUUCUAAAGAUCUUCUUCCAGGCCGCCACCUACCUAACACAGCGCAUCAUUUCCUGCGUCUCCUGAAUGAUAAGCGGGUACUCCUGCGCCUCUACACACAGAACAUCGAUAGCUUAGAGAGAGGUAGUAAAC